AGAAAAAAAUGAGCGUAAAGAAUUUGAAGAAUUCAUGUAGAAAAUGCAUUUAAAUAAUCAAUAAUAAAAAGUGUGUUUUUGUUUAAAAAUAUAUAAAAGAUGACGAGUGGUGGUGGAAAGGGAGAGAAGAUAUUGGUUUCAGUAAGGGUAAGGCCGCGAAACGACAAGGAGAAGACGAGGAACGAUAUCUGCGAUUGGGAAUGUGUCAACAACACAACCAUAAUCUGCAACAAUAAUUUGCCUGAGAGAUCUCUCUUCCCAUCUACCUAUACAUUUGACAAAGUGUUUGGAUUUGAUAGCCCCACAAAACAAGUCUAUGAAGAUGGAGCCAAGGAGGUUGCUCUUUGUGUCCUCGAGGGAAUCAAUUCAAGCAUUUUUGCGUAUGGACAGACAAGCAGUGGGAAGACGUACACGAUGAGUGGCAUCACUAAAUUUGCAAUGAAUGACAUUUUUUGUUACAUUCAAAAGCACAAAGAACGCGAAUUCACUCUCAAGUUCUCUGCAAUAGAGAUCUAUAAUGAAGCUGUGAGGGAUCUCCUUAGUGGAGAUAAUAACCAGUUAAGGCUUCUAGAUGAUCCAGAGCGAGGAACCGUUGUUGAAAAGCUUAUUGAGGAGACCCUUCGAGACAGAACCCAUCUAGAGGAGCUUCUUUCAAUUUGUGAGACUCAGAGGAAGAUUGGAGAAACCUCAUUGAAUGAAACAAGCUCCAGAUCACAUCAGAUUCUCCGGCUGACUAUUGAAAGCUCUCGUCGAGAAUUUUCUCCGGAGGGCUCCAGCACUCUUGCAGCAUCUGUGUGCUUCGUUGAUCUGGCUGGAAGUGAACGUGCUUCUCAGACUUUAUCUGCUGGUGCAAGAUUGAAAGAAGGUUGUCAUAUAAACCGGAGUUUACUUACUCUUGGAACCGUCAUCCGCAAACUAAGUAAAGGUAGAAACGGCGGGCACAUACCGUAUCGAGACUCGAAGCUAACUAGAAUACUUCAAAACUCUUUGGGAGGAAAUGCGAGAACAGCUAUCAUAUGUACAAUGAGCCCUGCCCGUAGUCAUGUUGAACAGUCAAGAAACACGCUUCUCUUCGCAACAUGUGCCAAAGAGGUGACGACAAACGCUCAGGUCAAUCUAGUUGUGUCUGAGAAGGCUUUGGUGAAGCAACUGCAACAGGAACUUGCUCGAAUGGAGAAUGAGCUGAAGAACAUAGGAUCUUCUUCUUCUUCUUCUGCAGGCUCUGACUUCUAUUUAUUGUUGAAACAGAAAGAGGAAGUGAUUUCACAAAUGGAGGAACAAAUGAAAGAACUAAAAUGGCAGCGUGAUGUAGCUCAAUCUCGGGUGGAGACUUUGCUUAAAGCAACCGCAGAAGAGCGGUCUUCUAGGAUGGAUGAACAUUCAAUGCUAAGCUCCGUGGAUUUUGAUGCAGAUCUCCGAAGAAGAAGCUAUGAUUCAAUAGAUAUUGGUGAACCUAAGAAGAUGAACUUUGAGCUUUUCGAAAACUCCGAAGAAGAUGACUUCCUGGUGGAAGACAAUAUUAUUCCUCAAUUUUCGAGGUACAAUCUGUACAACGGCUGGGAGGAGAUUGUUCAAAAAGUAGAAGGUGCAUGCAUGGAGUCUGAAGGUGAGCAAAGUCGUGUGGAAGCAGAAACUGUCGUCGAAAGCCAUGACGACAUUGUUGAUAAGAAAGCUGUGUCUGAGGUUCUCUCACCCAGAAAAGUAGAAACUAUAUCAUCUCCCGAAUACUACAUGGAUACUGAGAAAGCCGAGAAUGAAGAGGUGGAGGAGAUUAGCACACCUGAAGAAGAUGAAAAUGCUGAGCCUGAGACCUAUGAGCUAACUUUCAAGAAGUCUGAUUUCGAGAUGAGACCAUCAGUUGAAGUACAAGAAACACAAUCUGUCAAGGAAGAAGAACAUGAAAAGAAAGAAGAAAGGAAGACAAGUUCUUCUAAGCAAGCUGAACAACACUCAAAUAAAGAAGAAGAUUCUCAGCCAGAGGAGCAAUCUGAAGAGACAGUCAAAGUGGACUUAAUACCCGUUGGUGCUAAGCUAAAUGAAGAAAAGUGCGACAAGAAACUUCCUCAAGACGCUGAUAAAGAUUAUAGAAGCGAAUCAUCAGUGACAGAUGCUGUUGAGAACAACACUACCUACGAGGCGUUGAAAGAAAAAGUAAAGGAGAUGCAGAGGAAAAUUGAAUACCUUAUGAGCAUGCACACAUCCGAACAACAGCAACAACUGUCACCCUCCUUCAGAAGAGACUACAAGAGUCCGGAAUUUUUCACUACCAAAAGAAGCCGAAGUUGCAGAGAGAAUCUCUUGUGUGUUAGAUCUCCUCUCUGGUUUGAUAAUCUGGAAACUAGUAACAAUUUAAACGCAUCUCCUGGAAGACACAUGAACAAGACUUGCAGCAUUUCCUUUGAUUCAGGGAGCUCUAUGGGUUCUACCCCCACUGAUGCGGAAAGCCUGAAAGACUGUGAUCCGGAAACAGGCAACAGCUUCCAAGAAUUUGUAGCAGGUCUCCAAGAAAUGGCAAGGCAGCACUCACUUGACUCAACACCUGAGAUAGAUUAUGGGAUUGAGAUCAAGCCGGAAAGCCCUGGUAACCAGGUAAGUGAUCCUCAUAACAGAAAUGAAGAAACCACCAAUGAUCAAUUCGAGAGAGAGCAGGCUCAUGAUUUGGUAGAAAAUGCAGUUCCUAAGGAAACAGAUUCCACAGAGACUUACCCAGAGAAAACACAGGUAGCUACUGGGCAAUAUUCAAGCAAAUUCUCAGACUUUGAGAGACAGCAACGGCAAAUAAUUGAGCUUUGGGCGGUGUGCAGUGUACCACUGGUUCACAGAACCUACUUCUUCUUGCUCUUCAAAGGUGAUCCCUCUGACUAUGUUUAUAUGGAAGUUGAACUCAGAAGGCUAUCGUUUCUGAAGCAGUCGAUAACUAAUGACACAGAAACAUCAAGGAUACAAACGGUGAAGACACUCACACGCGAGAAGGAAUGGCUUUCAAAACAAAUACCAAAGAAAUUCCCAUGGAACCAGAGAAUAGAACUUUACCGAAAAUGGGGCGUGGAGGUGAACUCAAAGCAGAGAAGCCUGCAGGUGGCGUACAAAGUGUGGACUAACACACAAGAAAUGGAACACAUAAAAGAGAGUGCUUCUCUUGUGGCAAAGCUGCUUGGAUUUGUUGAGCCAAGUCGAAUGCCAAAGGAAAUGUUUGGCCUCAGCUUGUUACCUGGAACCGAGAACGUAAAGUCAUCUGGCUGGAGAUUUACCAAAUCUUUCUCCGGUAUGCGCUUGACCGGAUCAUAACAAGGGCACACACUUCCUGCUCAUAGAGCUGUGAAAGGAUUGUAUGUAAAAUAAGUAAAUCUCUAGACAUAAUUUGUACCUUAAUUUUACCACGUAUAUUUUGAUAAGAGAGUGACGAGAACCUGAAUAUAUUUUUUGUUCAUUUAUAGAAGCUAACUUAGCA